AUUUUAGACAGCCCGCUGGUGACGCCAUCAGGUUUUCCAUGCGGUGGACUCAAUGCCGAAUGGCGGGGCAAUGCAUCGAAUCCCAGCUCAAGCGUCCCGAUCGCGUCGCACCUCUGCAGCAUUGAUCUUAUCAAUCUGAUAACUUCCCCCAGGUACAAUGGCUGCUUCCAUCACGGACGAGUCCAUCAAGGCCGCCCUCACCGAGAGGCUCAAGGCGAUCCAUGUGGAAGUCACGGAUAUGUCAGGGGGCUGCGGACAAGCCUUCACCACUCUGAUCGUCUCGCCCGAGUUCGCGGGCAAGAACUCGCUUAAAAGGCAUCGGCUGGUCAACGCGGCGCUCAAGGAGGAGAUUGCGCAGAUCCACGCUUGGACCGCAAAGUGCCAGACCCCAGAGGAGUGGGAGCGCGACAAGGCUGCCACUGGCGCGGCCGAUGGGCCGUCCAUGGAAGGCACCGAGAACGGCCAAGUGGUUGGCGUGAAGGAAUGAAUGAGGAUGACGGAGGGCGAGUCGAGGUUUGGGGGCGCCAUUUUCAGGAUCUCGAGCAAGAAGACGGCAAUAGGAGCUUCAGUGCCAAGUUGAUAACAGGAGAGCGCUUACUAUGAAAGACGACCAAGCUUCCCCAAACAACAAAAACAGGAAUAAACAAUAAACACG